AUGUCCGUCCCCGAAGCAGAGCAAUCCAUCGCACAAGUCGAAGACGAAGAUCUGAUGGCUCUCGCAGACAUCCAAUACGACUCGGCGACCGAAGCCGACGUCAACGAUCCGGACGGGGGUGUCGACUGGGAGCAUUACGUCAAUAACCUUGAUAUGUACCGUUCUGGGCCGGGGCAGUCGUGGUGUUUGCAGCGGGUGCCUGUCCAUCCUGACUGGGCCGAGGAGCAGCGGAAAGAAGAGGAGUAUACAAGAGAGAGGGAGAGGAUAAAAAGUAAGUUGGACGAGAUCAAACCGGAUCUAUGGCGGGACUGGACGGAGGGCGCGUUGGGGGAGCAUUGUCGGUUGAGAGCUGAGUUGGAGAGGUUGGAGGCGGAGUGGCAGGGGAGGGAGCAGUCGCCACGGGACGAGCAGCAGGCGGAGUGGGAGGAGCUGGAGAAGUCCAUGAUACAUGGCCGGAUGGAGCGGUUGAGAAGAGAGUUGUGUGGGGAGGAUGGGGCGACGGAGGAGCAUGAGAGGUUGGUGGGCGAGUUGAUGAGGUUGGAGGAGGGGUGGCGUCAUGAGUGGGAUGAAGAGAGGGAGUUGGGGGGAGAUGUUGAGCUGCAGAGGCAGCAGUCAACAACUACUACCACUCAGGGUCAGCCUUCCACAUCCCAGAGUCAACAAUCCAGCAAGCAGCAGACCAGCACCCAAGGUCAGCAAUCAACCUCCCAAUCCCAACCCACCCCCCCCCCCACCACCACCACCACCCAAGAUCAACAACAACCCAGGAUCCAACUCCAACACCCACCACACGGCACCCUCCUCCCAAACAUGGAAACAAUCCGCCGCCAACGCUGGCCCUCCCCAACCAACGACUUCUGGGAGAGUCCCAGGGUCAGAAAGGCAAGAGACUGGUAUUCACCAUGGUGA